UGCUGCUGCUCUCGGCUUGCGCUGAGUCCCCACUAGGAGAGGAUCAUGCAGCUGGAAGUCAAAGUGGCCCUAAACUUCAUCAUCUCCUAUUUAUACAACAAGCUGCCCCGGCGCCGGGCAGACCUGUUUGGAGAGGAACUCGAGCGGCUUUUGAAAAAGAAGUAUGAGGGCCACUGGUACCCUGAAAAGCCAUUGAAGGGUUCUGGCUUCCGCUGUGUCCACAUCGGGGAAGUGGUAGACCCCGUGGUGGAGCUGGCCGCUAAGCGGAGCGGCCUAGCAGUGGAGGAUGUGCGAGCCAACGUGCCUGAGGAGCUGAGUGUCUGGAUUGACCCUUUCGAGGUCUCCUACCAGAUUGGGGAGAAGGGAACUGUGAAAGUCCUAUACCUGGAUGACAGUGAGGGUGCCGGUGCCCCAGAGCUGGACAAGGAGAUCAAGAGCAGCUUCAACCCCGAUGCCCAGGUGUUUGUGCCCAUUGGCAGCCAGGACAGCUCCCUGUCCAGCUCGCCAUCGCCGCCCUUUGGCCAGUCACCUAGCCCCACCUUCAUCCCCCGAUCCGCCCAGCCCAUUACCUUCACUACUGCCUCCUUUGCUGCCACCAAAUUUGGCUCCACCAAGAUGAAGAAAGGUGGUGGGGCAUCAAGCGGCGUGAGCAUGGCUGGCAGCGGGGCCAGCAGCCAGCAGCCCCCGCUCCCGCAGCCUCGCAUGGCGCGCUCACCCACAGACAACCUGCUGAAGCACAGGAGCCUCUCUUUGUCUAUGCAUUCACUGAACUUCAUCACAGCCAGCCCAGCCCCUCAGUCCCAGCUUUCGCCUAACGCCAAGGAGUUUGUGUACAACGGUGGUGGCUCACCUAGCCUCUUCUUUGACGGGGCAGACGGCCAGAGCAACAGCACGGCAGCCCCCUUUGGGAGCAGCGGAGCUGGCACCUGCAACAGCAGCAGCUUUGAUGUGUCCCAGGUGUUUGGAGGUGGCGCCAACAGCCUCUUCUUGGAGAAAACACCCUUUGUAGACGGCCUCAGCUACAACCUGAACACCAUGCAGUAUCCCAACCAGCCCUUCCAGCCCGUCGUGCUGGCCAACUGACCAUCUUCCUGUCCGCCAGGCCAGACGCACCCACGACCACAGAAAAGAGAAAGGAAAGGCCAAACAAAAGAGGAAAAGAAGACUAUACUCA